AUGGAUUUCUCAGAGUCUCCCGUUGGGGUGCCCAAUCUGACCAUUGGUCCAUUCGAUGGCCCUCAGUGGCCACAUAUUGCCCCGCGGGGCACUUAUGUGACGGUGGCCACUCUGAUGGGCACUGUGGUCAUCCUAGCCUCCUUCAUGAAUGGGAUGGUCAUCCUGGUCUCGGUUAGGUACAAGAGGCUCCGCUCCCCCCUCAACUACAUCCUGGUCAAUCUGGCCAUAGCAGACCUGAUGGUCACCUUCUUUGGCAGCACCAUCAGUUUCUCCAACAACAUCAACGGAUACUUCACUCUGGGCAAAACUAUGUGUCAGUUCGAGGGUUUCAUGGUGUCUCUAACAGGUAUUGUGGGGCUGUGGUCGCUGGCUAUCUUGGCUUUCGAACGAUACAUCAUCAUUUGCAAACCGAUGGGUGAUUUCCGUUUCCAACAGAGGCACGCACUGUGGGGCUGCCUGUUCACUUGGAUCUGGGCUUUGGUGUGGACCAUGCCCCCUCUCUUGGGUUGGAGUAGUUAUGUACCUGAGGGUUUGCGAACGUCUUGUGGCCCGAACUGGUACACGGGAGGGAGUAACAAUAACAGCUACGUGGUUGCACUCCUUGUCACCUGCUUCAUGAUGCCCCUCAGUUUGAUUGUGUUCUCCUACGUCAGUCUGUUGGUGGUUCUCCGAGCUGUUGCUCAGCAACAGAAAGAGUGUCAGACGACCCAGCGAGCAGAACGAGAGGUGACCCGUAUGGUGGUCGCCAUGGUGAUGGCGUUUUUGAUCUGCUGGCUUCCUUAUACGACCUUUGCCCUCGUUGUUGCUGUGGAUAAGGACAUUGUCAUUCAGCCCACUUUAGCCUCCAUGCCAUCGUAUUUCUCAAAGACCGCCACCGUCUACAACCCCAUCAUCUACGUCUUCAUGAAUAAACAGUUCCGGACGUGUUUGUUGAGCACCCUGUGCUGUGGGAGGGUCUCCGAGGAUGAAGCCACCUCGUCCACAUCCAGCAGCAGGAGCCGGACUGAAGCUACGAGCCUUCCUGAGGGAGGAGGGGGUGGUAACAGAAUCACACCAGCCUGAGGUGCCUCAGGGUGAGGGGUGAG